UCCUCAAGUUCCUCACUUAGCCUUCUAGUCUAACAAUCUUCUUAUCAUUUCUGAAUUUCCAUCACAAAUAUUCACCAAAAUGGCAAUCAAUCCAAUGAUUCUCUUAACCAUAUUCUCACUCUUUCUCCUCUUGAGCUUCACCGACGCCGGAGUCCCUGGCGUCUACUCAGGCGGCUCUUGGCAAACCGCUCACGCCACUUUCUACGGUGGCAACGAUGCUUCCGGAACAAUGGGUGGCGCGUGUGGAUACGGGAAUCUGUAUAGCCAAGGAUACGGAACAAACACGGCGGCGCUGAGCACAGCGUUGUUCAACAGUGGCCAAAGCUGCGGCGCAUGCUUCGAAAUCAAAUGUGUCAAUGAUCCUAAAUGGUGUCACCCGGGUAAUCCUUCUGUCUUCGUAACCGCAACCAACUUUUGCCCGCCAAACUUAGCCCAGCCUAGCGACAAUGGCGGCUGGUGCAACCCGCCACGCUCUCAUUUCGACCUAGCCAUGCCCGUUUUCCUCAAGAUCGCUGAGUAUCGCGCCGGCAUUGUUCCCAUAUCUUACCGCAGGGUGGCAUGUAGGAAGAGUGGAGGGAUAAGGUUCACGAUCAACGGUCAUCGUUACUUCAACUUGGUGCUGAUCACGAAUGUGGCCGGAGCAGGAGAUAUCCUGAGGACGAGCGUGAAAGGUUCAAAGACUGGUUGGAUGAGUUUAACUAGGAACUGGGGACAAAACUGGCAGUCUAAUGCUGUUCUCGUUGGUCAGUCACUUUCCUUCCGUGUCACAGCCAGUGACCGUAGAACUUCUACUUCUUGGAACAUCGCUCCUUCGAACUGGCAGUUUGGACAAACCUUUGUCGGAAAGAAUUUCAGGUUUGUACCGGUUUUGUUCCAUAAAACAGCAAACGGAGUGACUAUUGAUCCAAGUGCAGAAACAAAUUGUGCUGAACAAGGCUCUAAAGUCGAACUUCCCUUCUGGCUUGCUCAUGAGUUGCACUUGAGACAAGCUGUUACCAUAAACCUUCCUCCCUGUUUCGACCAAAAGACGAGGCUUGAAGUUCAGGCUGAUGCAGCAUACGUCGAUCUUAGAUCGCGAUGUCCAUACUUUUAUGAAUUUGGAUGCAAGUUAGAGCCACUGGUUACAGAUAGAACACUCGGGAUCUUGCUAUCCACUGCGUUUAAGAUCAGAUACAAAGAGGCACUAACAAAAGUAUACACAGCAGCUCACAUAACAGCUUCCAAGUACUUGUCGUUUUUAACAAAAGAAGAAACAAACUUGUAUGAAGCAGCACAUUUGUCGAUGACAGCAUUCAAGAAAUGGAGAACAGGUGGACCUAGAUUCCAGAGAGCUUCAAUACUCGGAAGAAAACGCAAGGAUUCUAAUUAAGUACCCUAAAACUCUUUAUCCUCAUCCUUACCAAUAGGGUGGUUGUGUUAUGUAAGUUAUAAGAUGUCAAAAUGAUGCAAUGGCAACAUAUAUUUGAUUAUGGUCUGAAUCAAAUUGCAAAUCCUUUUCUGUUAUGUUCUCAUAUAAUGGUGGUGUUUCAGUUUUGCCAUAUGAUCCAGUUACUUUCAUAAUUGAUAAUUUUGUUGCUAUCUUUAUACUUUUAUUCAUAAAUUUUGAAUUAUAGA